UGGUGGCGGUGAUGUGCUUGAACGCUGGUUGCAAAGCCAAGCCAAAACGAAGAAAAAAGUGCUGCACUCCUCGUACAUGCUAAACAACGGACUUGAGAAAGCAGUCAUGCAGCGAGAAAAAAACAGUAACUCCGGCGGGGCUGAAAAGCCUGACCGGGAGGCCGCCAUUAUGUCCAAAUACUACCAUGGAGUUGAAUUCCCCUUCUGUGACGAGUUCUCCAAAUAUGAGAAACUAGCAAAAAUAGGACAAGGGACAUUUGGGGAGGUGUUUAAAGCAAAACACCGACAGACUGGAAAGAAGGUUGCACUGAAGAAAGUUUUAAUGGAAAAUGAGAAGGAAGGGUUCCCAAUCACUGCCCUGAGAGAGAUAAAGAUCCUGCAGCUGCUCAAACACGAGAAUGUGGUGAAUCUGAUUGAGAUCUGCAGAACCAAAGCUACCCAGUAUAAUCGAUACAAAGGCAGCAUCUACUUGGUGUUUGACUUCUGUGAGCACGACCUGGCCGGGCUGCUUAGCAACACGAACGUGAAGUUCACCCUGGCGGAGAUCAAGAAAGUCAUGCAAAUGUUGCUCAAUGGAUUGUAUUACAUUCACAGAAACAAGAUCCUUCACAGAGACAUGAAGGCGGCCAACGUGCUCAUCACCAGAGACGGCGUCCUGAAACUGGCUGACUUUGGUUUGGCUCGAGCGUUCAGCCUGGCCAAAAACAGCCAAGGGAACCGCUACACCAACCGUGUGGUCACACUGUGGUACAGACCUCCGGAAUUGCUGCUUGGUGAGCGAGACUACGGCCCCCCAAUCGACUUGUGGGGAGCAGGCUGCAUCAUGGCAGAGAUGUGGACGAGAAGUCCCAUCAUGCAAGGGAACACCGAGCAGCACCAGCUCACUCUCAUCAGCCAACUUUGUGGCUCCAUCACGGCUGAGGUUUGGCCAGGCGUAGACAAGAAGUACGAGCUGUACCAGAAAAUGGAGCUCCCCAAAGGCCAAAAGAGGAAAGUGAAAGAUCGCCUCAAAGCUUACGUCAAAGACCCCUACGCUCUGGAUCUGAUCGACAAGCUGCUGGUCCUGGACCCGGCCCAGCGGACAGACAGCGACGACGCGCUCAACCAUGACUUUUUCUGGUCCGACCCGAUGCCGUCGGACCUGAAGAACAUGCUUUCCACCCACAACACCUCCAUGUUUGAAUAUCUGGCUCCUCCCCGGCGGAGAGGUCACAUGCCCCAACAGCCACCCAACCAGAACAGAAACCCCGCCACCACCAGUCAGACUGAGUUUGAUCGAGUGUUUUAGACAAGAAGAACUUUUUGGCUUUCUUUCUUUCAUUUUUUUUUUUUAAGGAGCACAACUUGGUGAAUGUUUGAUUUGAAAACACAAGACAAGUGGCCUCAUUUUAAGGAAAACGACAUGUUCCUUGAUCAUAUCGUGUCCGGCUUUGCCGCAUGAUAGCUUCCUGCUUGGGAUGGCUGCCUUGCAGGCAACCGCGACUGCUGUUGAGUCAAUCCCAAAACCUGCACAACGUACAUUUAUGCUUUGACAUAAGACUUGGUUUCCAAGUGAAAAGACUGAUGAGAACAUUCCGCUCAAAGAGUGGCCAUGUCGGACUUUGAAUAUAAAACUGGAAUGUCUUGAGUUUUCUUUCCUUUUUUAAAUGUUCUCACUCGUCCGGCUUUUUGGACACAUGGAGUGUUUUGAGGGAUUAAAGUGUGGAAAAUCACACUCCUCUCAUGGGCAACUGUGACAUCCCAUCCCCAAAAUAUAUAUUUGGACCCUGAAGGACUGUGGAGAUAGUGGGUUUUGUUCUGUACAGAAAUGUGUCUAUUUUGAAUAAAAUCAAAACCCUGGAA